AUGGCUUCGUUCAAGGUUUCCAAAUCUAUUGAGGCAAGGACGAGUGAAGCUACUCGCGUCAGAAAGAAGUACCCUGGCGAUAUCCCCGUGAUAAUGGAAAAGUAUGUGCACAGUCAUGUUCCUAAACUUAGGCAUAGGCAACGUCUGUCACCAAAUCUUACUCUAGGCGUUCUUAAACAAAAAAUUCGCGAAAACCUUAACCUUGACUCGGAGAAAGCCAUCUUUGUCUUUGUCAAUAACACAUUGCCUCCAGCUGAUGCACUGAUGUCUGAAAUCGACGAAGAACACAAAGAUGAAGAUGGGUUCCUCUACAUGACUUACGGUGGAGAGGAUAUCAUCACAGAUCUGUUGUUUACAACAAGGAUCAGUCUUGAUAUCAUUGCUAGAAUGAUGGCUGAGUUAGAUGGAUUCUCAUUUCUUGAACAUAUGCCGGCCACUUGGUCUCCGUAUUUCUCACACGUACAGAUGCUUUUUGCCAUCUCGGAAUCAGACCAAGAUGUGAUGGAACAAACCCGGGAAAUCGUAAAAGUUAGGCUCAGUGCAUUCUGCUCCCUUGUAGCUGCUUUUUCAAGUCUGCAGGAUCGAAACUGGGUGUUUAGGCAGAGAGACUAUACAAACUUCCAAGUAAGACACCAUUUUGCCAGUAUGAUGUUUCGCCGUGAAGAGUCUGAGACGCUCUAUAUCAUCCUUGAUCGGCCAAAUUUGUUGACUGAAUCAUUGGAGCAAAUGGCCAAUGCAAGCCCUACUUCACUACUUCACGGUGACCUCUCUGUUUAUUUUGAGGAAGAAACAGCAGUGGGUGAAGGCGUCCUUCGUGAAUGGUUUUACUUGGUCUGCGAAAAGCUUUUUGAGCCGGGAAGAAAGUUGUUCGUUCACUCCACUGAUGAUGACAGAAGGUUCACUCCGGAUACAGCAUCCUAUCACGACGAGAACCUCCUCAAAUACUUCCAGUUCGCGGGUAGAUUCAUUGCUUUGGCGUUGAAGAAUGAUGUCCAAGUAGGUGUUCUCCUCGACCAUGUUUUCUAUCUCCAGCUAGCAGGGAAAAGAGUCUCGUUAGAAGACAUCAGACGCACUGAUGAGGCUGAGUAUAACAGUUGCUUGCAGAUUUUACAGUUGAGUCGAGAAGAGUUCGACAAAGCCGAUCUUGGUCUAACUUUUUCUGUAGAGAUUGAGGACAAUCUGAAAAAGAAACUAGAAAUUCCUCUAUGCGAACAAGGUACAGAUUUAGCAGUUACCUAUGAUAACCGGGAGAGUUACAUCAAUAUGAGAAUAGAGAAUCGCUAUGUGACACUUAUAAAAGAUCAAGUGUCACAGUUUAUCCAAGGUUUUGAAGAGAUGAUCUCCGUUCCACACGAUGUUUUCUUCAACACACUGAACCCCGAAGACAUUGACUGUCUACUCCGUGGUAAAGAGCAGAUUGCUAUAUGUGUUGAUGAGUGGAAGUCUCACACGGCCUACGUGAAUUUUAAAGAAACCGACGCCACCAUCAAAUGGUUUUGGCAGAUUGUUAAUGAAAUGGACCAAGAGACGAGGCGCAAACUCCUUUUCUUCUGGACAGCAUAUAAGUAUUUGCCAAUGGGAGGCUUUAAAGAUUUCCCGGAGAAGCUUACAAUCAGUAGAAACUUCGACCAUGAUAGAAAUCGUCCUCUCCCCAUGGCUCAAACCUGCUCUUCACAACUACAGCUUCGGGUUUACAGUGGAUUCGACGUUAUGAAAAAUCAGCUCAUUUACGUCACGGAAAACUGGAUUAGUACUGGUUUUGGUAUAGCUUAA